AUGGCGACGGCUCGUAGUUUUGUCACGAAUCAUUGUUCUGUGCUACCCCUCUUGCGUCUCCCCGGAAACGGUGGUGGUAGGUUGAGUUCAAAGAUGGAUGUUUUUGCCUUUGGAGUGAUUUUGAUGGAACUUAGUACGGGGAAAAAACAAGUACAUGAGGACAUUUCAAAUGAAAAAAUUCACCUCGUGUAUCAGUUUAACAAUGAAAAUAUUGAUAGGUGUGAAAGGACAAGAAACCUGUUGGAUUGCUCAUUGAAUCCUAUGGAAGAGAUCUUUGAUAGCUUAUGCAAAGUGGCUGACCUUGUAUGCCACUGCACACAUACUUACUCGGAUAGGAGGCCAAGUAUGAGUGCAGUGGUUAGUGCCCUAGCACCAUUGGUUGAGCUAUUAGACUUGAGGCAGAAAUUCGAUGAGGGUAGUAAGUGUUCAGAAGUGGAAUAUUUGAAUCUACAUCAAGCUGUAGAAGACAGGAAGGCUGGCAGGGGAACGGCCACUAUGCAGAGUAAAGUCUACAAUAGUCACUCCAAUUAA